AACCUUACAUGCUUUAAACAGCUGAUAUCUAUCGAAACUAAGUCAAAUCGCAAUUCAAGUUCUUAAAGAAACGUAGUGUGUAAACCUUCUCUUGCAUCCGAAUUAAACAAAGUUUAUAAAACAAAAAAUAAAGUGGAAACGCAGUUAUGGUUCGAUUUAUGUGUCAGAAUUUUAUUUGUCAGGACGGAGGGGAUACAGUCGACCAAAGAAGGGCCGAGAAAGCAGUGACCGCAUUAUUUAAAACAGAAGACAAAACACCGUUUAAGACAUUCUUUAGUGAAACAGAUAGUGGAACGAGCAGCGAUAGCACAACCCAUGAGAUUGCACGAGACGGAGAAAGUGACACAGAUGAAGAACGUCUAUACAUUGAGAUCAAAGAGGAAGCACUUAGAACUGGACAAACCGAAGCUGAGGUUAAUAACAAGAGGAAAGAGAGGCGCAGGGAAAGAAAUAAACGAUCAGCUAAGGCAUAUAGGAAAAGGAGGCGAGAGCAUAAAUCUGAAGUAGAUGAGACCUUGAACGAAUUAAUGGAGAAAAACUGCCUUCUUCGACAGAAAAUUGAAAAGAUUGAAGAGGAGAAGACCAUUGUUUUGGGAAUGUUAAAGACAAAGAUUAAGAUUCCUUGGCCCUAUCCAAUUUGGAUGGGUUCUCAUCCCACAGGAAUGUGGUCUACAGUGGAUGGUUCCAUGUCUACACAAAUUGGCAUGAACUCGGUCGUCCAAGAGGUCACCGUGGCUUCGUGAAGCUGCAGUAUGCUGCCAUGUUGUGGAUGAAAUACUGUCGCUCUAAAAGUCACGUAUUAAGCAAUAUGCACGUGCUCUUCGGAGACAAAUGACGUAAACAAUAGUUUGUCACUGUUAUUUUACGCAAGACAAACUUUUCUUCAGUUGUACUUACACAAUAUACAUUUGUCUCCAAUCCAUUUAUAAGACACAUUUAUUGUUGUCAAAGAAUAAAUGCUAUAUAACCAUACUGAUAGGUGCAUAUGAUAUCUAAAAAUUGCAUGCAUCAGCUCAUAUUACAUAAGUAAUUUUGCACGAUUAAGAAUACAAACGUCUUCUUUGACAUUGUCUUGUAUGUAAAUAUGUAAAUAAUAUUAUUGUGAGCGACAGAAUAUUAUUACUAAUUGUUCAUGUUACUUGUUCGAUGUUAUAGUUUAACGUUGCUUUGUACACAUCUAUUAUCUAACUGGAAAGAUUCAAUAAAUAGAUGUUGAAAGUUUA